CGCCAUAUUGGAUUUAAAGGGGUCGCUGCUGGGGAUUCCGACAAAGGAACGAGAGGUGUGCGUGGGGGUUUUCUAAGUUUCAUUUUUAGGAAGUGUUUUUGAAGUCUGCAGCCAAAUUUAUGGUGCAUGUUUUCAUAGUUGGUGUAUCUGUGCUAAAGCCAGAAAAAUCGUCCGGACCGGGCGCAACAGUCGCGCCAGUGGUACCAGGGAGAGGUGAAGUUGCCAGAUGUGAUAUUUUGCAUUUCAUCAUCAAAGAGACCGGAGCCUGUGGAGUAUACCCAUCCCGGCAGAGAAUACUGGGGCGUCUGCGGGGCAGAAGAUGUCCGCCAUGCUGUACCCGCCGCGGGAGGAGCGGCUGGAGAAGCUCUCGCAGGAGGAGAUCAUCUCCAACACCAAGCUGGUGAUGCAGGGCCUGGAGGCCCUGAAGACGGAGCACAACUCCAUCCUGCACAGCCUGCUGGAGACCAUCAAGUGCCUGAAGAAGGACGAGGAGGCCAGCCUGGUGCACGAGAAGUCCGGCCUGCUGCACAAGUCUGUGGAGAUGAUCGAGCUCGGCCUGGGGGAGGCGCAGGUGAUGAUGGCGCUGUCCAGCCACCUGAGCUCGGUGGAGUCGGAGAAGCAGAAGCUGCGGGCGCAGGUGCGGCGGCUGUGCCAGGAGAACCAGUGGCUGCGGGACGAGCUGGCCAACACCCAGCAGAAGCUGCAGAAGAGCGAGCAGAGCGUGGCCCAGCUGGAGGAGGAGAACAAGCACCUGGAGUUCAUGAACCAGCUCAAGAAGUACGACGCGGACGUGCCCCCCCCGGAGGAGAAGGACGGGGAGCUACCGAAGGACAGUCUGGAUGACCUGUUCCCCAACGAUGAUGACGAGCAGGGCCAAGGAAUUAAGCCGCAGCACAACAGCGCAGCAUUAGCCGCUGCCCAGCAGGGGGGGUAUGAGAUCCCAGCCCGGCUGCGGACCCUGCAUAACCUGGUGAUCCAGUACGCCUCCCAGGGCAGGUACGAGGUGGCCGUGCCCCUCUGCAAGCAGGCCCUGGAGGACCUGGAGAAGACCUCUGGCCACGACCACCCUGACGUGGCCACCAUGCUCAACAUCUUGGCUCUAGUGUACAGGGAUCAGAACAAAUACAAAGAGGCUGCCCAUCUGCUUAAUGAUGCUCUCUCUAUCCGGGAGAAAACCCUGGGCAAAGACCACCCAGCGGUUGCGGCUACGCUGAAUAACCUGGCUGUGCUCUAUGGCAAGAGAGGGAAGUACAUAGAGGCAGAACCGUUGUGCAAGAGAGCCCUGGAAAUCAGAGAAAAGGUGCUGGGCAAGGACCACCCUGAUGUGGCCAAGCAGCUGAACAACCUGGCGCUGCUGUGCCAGAACCAGGGCAAGUACGAGGAGGUGGAGUACUACUACUGCCGGGCCCUGGAGAUCUACCAGUCCCGACUGGGCCCCGACGACCCCAACGUGGCCAAGACCAAGAACAACCUGGCCUCCUGCUACCUGAAACAGGGAAAGUACAAGGAAGCAGAGAUUCUGUACAAAGAGAUUCUCACUCGUGCCCACGAGAAGGAGUUUGGAUCUGUGGAUGCUGAAAAUAAACCCAUUUGGAUGCAUGCAGAGGAAAGAGAGGAGAUGAGCAAAAGCAGACAGAGGGACAACACACCUUAUGCAGAGUAUGGUGGCUGGUACAAGGCUUGCAAAGUGAACAGCCCCACCGUUAACACCACGCUGCGGAACCUUGGCGCUCUGUACCGUCGUCAGGGCAAGAUGGAGGCUGCGGAAACCCUAGAGGAGUGCGCCACCAGGUCCCGCAAACCGGGCUCGGACCCCGCUAAUUCGGCACGCAUGGUGGAGGUGCUGAAGGGUGGAGAGGAUGCUCGCAGGCGCACCAGCGGUGUGAAGUAUGACAGCAGCUCUGAGGGUGGAGAGGAAGUGAAUGUGGGCGUGGAGUGGAAUGGGGCUUAAACCAUCAAGCUUUUCCUCCACUCCUCUCUCCCACCCCCAACAAUCAUACCCAAUCAAAAGGAUGUCUUGGUGCUCCUUCUGGCCUUUUCCUCCAUAAGAAACCUUCUUCUUCCAUUCCUGGUGUCUUCAGCAACCCGCCCCUCAUUGCUGCUUCAGAUAAGCAUGGAGAUGGAUGUGUUGCUUCCUUAUCUCUCUGUCUCUGACUCUGACCCUCUCUGAUGAUGAAACUCAUUAGUAGCAGAAGUUUAACUUUGUGGGCACCAUGUCAGCACCGUGGUUGUAGUACCAUGUUAGUGUCAUCAAAGUGAAUAUGCUGCUUAUGCUCUUUGGUCUUGUGGUAAUGGUUGCACUGAUGCAUUCUUAAAUAAAGUGAUUUCUUUGGUGAAGAUGCUGGUCAUUUUCUUUGAGGCUUACAGUCUGAGAUGAGGAGCCAUGAGAUCAUUAAAUGAUUGUUAAUUUUCUCAGGGUUUGAGGUGUGGGGUUUGUUGUGUGGGGAUUGAUGUUUGGGGUUUGAUGUGUGUUUUAUGUCUGAGGUAAGUGCACGUGUUGAAGUUUAGGCCUUUUGACUAAACACAAGCUCUGCUGCACUGUUAGAGAGGGCAGCAGGAUUUUAUUAGAAACCUGCUGAAAUAUGGCUCUCAAAGCAUGAGAGUGAACCUCUCCCUGGAGAGAGAGAGAGAGAGAUACAGAGAGAGCGCAGCACAGAUCUGAGAGAGAAGCACAGAUCUAUGCGUCUGUCCCAGUUAAAAGACAGGCCUGGUGGUGUUGAUAAAGAACAUACGUUUCUGUACUGCACAACUUGCACCCAGGUCCACAGUUCACAUUCCUUUCUGUGACACUGAUUGCAGCCUCCACCGUGUCACUAUGAGGUCACUGUCCAUGGGGGUAGGGCGAGAGAGACAGGGCUUACUUUGCAGCCAUUGCUGAGAUCUGUGAGUCAUUUGUUAACCUUAAAACAGAGCUGGACAUGCCUGUUUCUGCCUGAGUAAAUCAUAGCUGCGCGCACAGCUGAACUGUACAGCGGGUGCAAAAAUAAAAAAGAGAGAGAGAGACUGUCUGUUGGCUUUGCCAGCCUUUGAUCCCUUUGUAUUUGCACAUACGUACUACACAUUUCACUCUUCAUUGAGAAUGUUUCCUGUUCAAAAUGUAUCAUUCAUUUAAUGUAUUAGAAUCUGUAUGGACACACAAUGGGACCUGCAGAAUGAUGGGUUUUCUUCUGGGUCCAGUGAGAGGUCUACAUGCUUUGGCAGGAGUUUUCCAGUUCCAGUCCAGCUCUGCUUGGCUUCAGCCAUGUAGCAGGGUAAAGCCACAGUGUUACCACAACAGCAAACCAGCCCUAAAGGAAGUUUAGCUGGAAACUUUGGACCGAGAGUCCUGAUAAUGUCCCCCUGUGUGUACCUUGUCUCAGUUUGAGCUUGGUUGCCAGGUCUGCCAUAGCCAGGUAGAAGAGUGCCUUAAGAGUGCCAUGUGCUGCCGGGGUUUGUGGUGGGUUUACGGGCAAAGGAUGCUGAACUUGGGGUG